AUGGCUAAGAUUGUCUUGUUUGGCGCAUCCAUGACCGAGUGGAGUUUCAAAGAGAAGACGCAAGGGAUUGGAUGGUUUCUUGAGAAUAACUACACGUCAACCCGUCUGAAAGCAGACUUUGCCCGUAUAAUAAGCAGCGCAACAGCCCCUGAGGCGGCACCGACCCUCCUCUUCACCAUCUUCCUCGGUGCAAACGACGCCUGCUUCAUCGGCGAGAAGGAGUAUGUUCCCUGGCCCACCUUUUCAGCGAACAUACGGGAGUUCCUCGACACCAUCCUCACGGAGCAGGCUAUGGAGAACACAAAGAUAGUUCUGAUCACGCCCCCACCCAUCAAUGGGUCUGUGGUAGAUACUGGAGAAAGCAGGUCUGCAAGAGAAAUACAGGAGAUCAAUGAGUCACGAAAGGAAGGACCAAGGUACAAGACUUACAUGAGUAAGAAGAGGUAUGCAGAUGGGCUUAUGCAGAUCGCGAAAGAGUACGAAGAGACGGGCAGAGUCGUUGGUCUCAACUACUGGCAGCACAUGGUGGACGCAGUCAUUGCAGAAGAAGGAUGGGAGUACGAUCAGGAUGUGCCACCGGGAUGCGGCUUAUUGGGCGCAAAGACGUUCCCAGCGGGCUGGUUUACGGACGGGCUGCAUCUCAAUGUCAAGGGAUACGGAGUGCUGAACAAGGAACUGUACGAGCUGGUGACGGCAAAGUGGCCGGAGUUAGCAGCCGAGAAGUUGUAA